UUUUUCUUUUACUAAAUAAUAUUAUUAUUUUUAUUGCAUCACGUUACUUUGCAAAGUUUGAGUUCUUCCCUUUUCGUUUAACCUAGCAAAAUAUGCAGCAGUCUCUGUAAUUCAAGCACGCAGGAAAUUAUAUAGUAAAGAGUGUUGAUGAUUUGGCAAUAUGAAUAAGCUAUUGGACUUUGGGAAGAAAGCCCUCUUUUAUGCCAGGGUACUUUCUGGAUAUGAAGAGCGGAGAAUUCGGAAAUUUAGGAUGCAGCUUGAACAACGGGUUCAACAGGCACAAGCAAAGAAAGCAGCCAUAAACAAAGUACCUGAGCAGAUCAUAUUAUCUGAAGUUCGUCGUAUGGUUGAAGAAAUGCAAGCUUUGAACAAGAAGCUGGAAGAAACGGAGGUAGCCAUUGAGGAAUACUUCAAGCCUCUUGACCAGGAGGCUGAGUUUUUAAUGAAAAUGCAACUACAAGGGGAAGAGAAAACGUCGGAUAUGAUGAUGAAAGCACUAGAGGAACAAGCUAUGCGUCGACAAGCUGAGGCAGAAAAAAGUACAAGUGUGCCUCAAAUAGAAAAUGUUGAAACCAACCUGAAGGAAUCUGAGACUCUGGUGCAAACAUGUAUAGAAGAGGAAGAAAAAAAUUUGAAGGACAAUACGCAUUAAAUGGAGAAAGAAGAGAAGACUUUGAAGAACAAUCUAUUUGUAUUAUUUAAAAUUGCAUCUUGAGGUGCGAUCAUGUUAACUUCAACAUUUUUUGAGGCAAGGAAUGAUUAAAUAAUUAAUUUCAUGCAUGUUUUAAAACAUGUAAAAACA